GCUCUUUACUGUCACGGCUGUGACCGUUAGGCCAACUCAUACUUACCGCCCAUGUCAUGGAGAGGUACUGGCCGAGGACAUGGCCGCGGGUCUGGCGGAGGUAUACCCGCUCGAGGUGGAUACGGCCCGGCAAUCUUCUCCAAACGUCCGAAGCUUGAUGGUCCUCGCACCUCGGCCAACCUGGCCUCGCUACUAGUAGCACUGGACGGAGGGCCUUACCCUGCCUACAAAGAUCUCAGAGGUGCAUGGAGCUUCCCCAAGUUCGCGCUCCACAUUGAUCACAUUCAAGCGGAUCCGUACGCUCCGCCUUCGAAGUUCAGGGUGGAGCUACCUCAUGCUAGUCACGGAUUUCCCGUCGAGCUGUUCAAGUCGAAGAUUCGGUCUAUUGCUUUAGCGGACUACCUUCAUAGGCGUCUCCACGAAGUGUGCUCUGCCAGAGGCCUUGAUGUCAAGGCAGCAUCUUCCGGCUGGUCAGGAGGCAAAGGUGGAGACAUUUCAAUUGAUCUCCCCGCAAGUCAGGUGCUGGAAAGGACAGCUGUCGUGGUAGGAAGAGAGUCUAUCGAGGCAAGGAUCACCAUCGGUCUACCAGCAGCUGGCCGCUCUAUCCAAGGUCGCCGAGCUGCAGAGAUCAUUUGCGAGCACCUGCCCAAUUUGGUGUCAGAAUCACUCGUAGCUUCGGCUCAUCGGCCUACGUGGACAAGGCUGGUGGCUCACGUCGACAGUAUCGAGGAUCAGGAAGCGUUGAGAGAUCAGCUGUCUCGGCAUCAAACCCCUCUUGUUGCCUUCAUUCGUAACGGUGCCAUCUUGCCACGACAGUCCGGUGCGAGCACUACGCCCCUCAGUGGACCUUCUGUGGUGCCCUUCACCUCGCCGGCCAAUCUCCUAAUCGAGAUCAAGCUGCCAAACUCUACCGUCUCGGGAAUGGGUCUGCCUGCGAAGUCGCUCAUCGUGUGUGUCGGUGCGGGCUACCACGGCAAGUCCACUCUACUCGAAGCCAUCUCCUUGGGCUGCUACAACUACCUGCCCGGUGAUGGGCGAGAAUUUGUCAGCAGUGUCUCCUCCGUGACCUGCGCCAGCUCAGAAGACGGACGAAGCGUCUCGUCUGUUGACCUGAGUAACUUCAUACUUAAUCUUCCCGGAGGCAAGUCCACCGACAACUUUUCCACAACGGACGCCUCUGGCUCAACAUCAUGCGCUGCGGGCUUCAUGGAAGCCUUGGAGCUAGGAUCUCAGCUCAUCUGUAUUGACGAAGACACAACAGCGUCUAAUUGGCUCUCCUGCUCGCCCACAAUGCGAAAGCUGAUCAAGCGCGAGACAAUCGUGCCCUUGGAGAGCAGAGCAAGUCAAGCCGUCCAGGCAAGUGGAGCGAGCCUGUUCCUCGUCUGUGGGAGCAGCAGCGACUUCCUCCGUCACGCUGAUCUUGUCUUGAGGAUGGAGGACUUCCUGAUCGAAGACGUCACAGAGAAGGCCAGGAUUUUGGUUUCUCAGCAGGACGAGGAAAGGGGCGCUUCGAAGGCAUCGAAUACAGAGAACAUGCGGCCCCCUUUCCGUCAGCCGGCACCUCGUAUUCUUGACACCUCUCGCCUGCUACCCGAUGGGAAAGUCUUCACUCGCGGCAGGAGCAUCAUCCGGCUAGGAGGGGAAAAGACGGACGAAGGAAGCCAGUUGGACCUGCGCUGCAUUCCACAAGUCGUGUAUGAAUCGCAGACGAGAAGCAUCAUUGCUGCCUUGAGACACCUGCAAGGCGACACCAGCAAGAACAGUGGAAAGUCGUUGAAGGCGGUCAUGGAGGAGCUGGAGCGCAACAUUGCGAGCGAGGGGCUGGACUGUCUGCAGACGCGGGAUGAGCCAGAUGGGUCCUUAGCGAGGAUAAGAUGGAUCGACCUUGCGGGAGCUAUCAACCGUAUGCGAGGCGUGGAGGUAAAGCAGCAGUUCGAAAGAAAGUAAAGGACAGUCUACUUCUGUUUGCUCGGCGGAAGAGGAAUCUGUCAGUCAGUCUCGUCACACAUGUAUUGUAGCCAUAAUACCAUUGCAUUCUGCGAACAUGUCUGCCAGUAAGCCAACCAAUGAAGGGCGUCCGUGAGUCCUGAUGUCGUGUCCCGGCUCUCAUCAUCUCUGUCUGAUCUGUACUCUAGCAUUGGACCCCUAGCCAUCCCUCGUGCUUCCCUUCUUCACCUGAAAGCCAAUCAGAAGCUUAGCGAGCGAGCCUCGCUGCCUCCAGCAUCUCUUUCCCAGUCCAACUCCCAAGUCUCCCAGAAGAUCGACUGUAAAUGUGCAUGAAGGCAUUGCAACCCUACUCAUCUGCCAUCAAGGUUCCCUUUCGAGGAACCGAAGCACCCAGUAGCGUCGCACCCUGCCCUCAUCCUAUCCCCAUCCCCCUCC